UUAAAGAAGACAAGUAGUUCUAUAUAAUUUUAUUUUCGGCUGACGGGCCUUGUGCGCGAAGGCAAAGCAGUUCCCGAGUCAAUCUCUGGUUUUGUCAUUCUCCUCUUCAUCUUCUUCUUCUUCCCCUCCUCAAUUUCUUCCACCUUCUAUCUGUCUUUCGCUUUCAUGGCCGGACGCUACGAUCCCAAUCCCUUUGAGGAAGAAGAGGUUAAUCCCUUCGCGAAUGGAAGUGCUGGAAGUGCUUUUACCUCUGCGUCCAAUACUAGGCCUCAAUCUCUUACUCCUGAAUCGGCUGGUUUUUUCAAUGAUCGUGGUGCAACAGUUGAUAUACCCCUUGAUUCGACAAAGGAUUUAAGAAAGAAGGAGAAAGAACUUCAAGCAAAGGAAGCAGAAUUGAGGAGGAGGGAACAGGAAGUUAAACGAAAGGAGGAUGCAGCUGCUCGCGCUGGAGUAGUACUUGAAGAAAAGAACUGGCCACCAUUUCUUCCUAUUAUCCAUCAUGACAUUGCAAAAGAAAUACCUGUUCAUGUUCAAAGAAUGCAAUACUUGGCAUUUGCUUCAUUGUUAGGAUUGGUAGCAUGUCUGUUUUGGAAUGUCAUAGCUGUUACUGCUGCUUGGAUCAAGGUUUCAAAUGUAAGAAUUUGGUUGCUUGCCAUUAUCUACUUUAUUUCUGGGGUUCCUGGAGCCUAUGUAUUAUGGUAUCGCCCUCUUUAUAAUGCCAUGAGGACUGACAGUGCUCUGAAGUUUGGAUGGUUUUUCCUAUUUUACGUGCUUCACAUCGCAUUCUGCAUCUUUUCUGCUGUUGCCCCUCCUAUUAUUUUCAAGGGAAAAUCACUAACUGGUAUCUUGGCAGCUGUUGAUGUUAUUGGAGAUUCCACUAUAGUUGGGAUAUUCUACUUCAUCGGAUUUGGGUUCUUCUGCAUCGAAUCGUUGCUAAGCAUUUGGGUUAUUCAACAAGUAUAUAUGUACUUCAGAGGAGCCGGAAAGGCAGCACAGAUGAAGCGAGAGGCAGCGCGUGGGGCAAUGAGGGCUGCUGUUUGAGCAAACAUUAUUAUCAACAUAGCUAAUGCUUGUAAUUUUUUUUAUUGCCGUUUAUUUGCUUUUUUCUUGUUAAAAUAAUAUAGAGAUAUUUGUGAUGAUGCGUGUUUUUUUA